AUGAGCAAAGAGUCGGAAAUAUCAGAAAUCUCUUUUAUGGGCCUCCCAAGGCUGGCUAGUGCCAGUAUUGCCAUUGCAGUCUAUGUUGUGUGUUCAAUUGGAUGUGUUUAUGAAAAUAAGUGGCUUUUAGAUCAUGUGGGAAAUUGUCAAGGUUUUAUUCCUUUAGUACAACAACUUAUUGGAGCCGUUUUUGUGAGAGCUAUGGUUUACAUUACGGGAAUUUUUGGAAUUGACUCAGAUCCUCAAAAUUGUAGUUCCGAAAAGAAUAGCCAGAAUGAACAACAAAAUGGAUCAUUACUGAACAGACUCUGGAACAGAUAUAAGUACAUCUGGCCAGCUUCCUUCUGCUUCUCCUCAACUAUUGUUUUGAACAAUGCUUGUUUAUCUGUGGCAAAGCUUUCAACUUACUCAGUUGCAAAAUCCACUACUUUAAUCUGGAACGUCCUUUUCCAGUUCGUUUUACUUAGAAUCAGGUUGCCACUCAGUACUAUUUUAUCAUGUUGCCUUAUUAUUGCUGGUGUUACUGUAGGCUCUUUAGACACUAGCACUCUAGCCCCUAUGGCAGUUAUUGCUGGUUGUUCAUCAUCUAUCUUUCAAGCUCUUUAUAAUACUUGUAUUGCCAGAGCUCUUCCUAAGACAAACAACGAUACAUCCGAAGUUUUGGUUAGAAAUCAAGAACUCUCCUCCAUCUUUCUCGUCGUAUAUAUCCUCGUUUCUAAGGAGCUUGUCAAUCUAUUCAUGUUUUCGCCAUGCUUUAAUUUAUCUUCACCUAUGUUCUUGAGCUGCUGGUCCGUCUUCUUCCUCACUACUGCACUUGCAGCAGGACUUAAUAAGUUUACAUUUAUGGUAAUUGGACUUACUGAGCCUUCCACGUUCUCUGUUAUUGGCUUUGCUAAGGCAGCUCUUCAAACUGCUGGUGGAUGGUUUAUUUACAAAGACCCAGCGUCCGUAAAAUCUGUUCUUUCUGUAAUCCUCACACUUUCUGGUUCAUUGAUAUAUGGUAUCACAAGAGGUUCCAAAAAGACUGAAACAAAAAAAGAGCAAGUAGAAGAAAUCAGAAGACUCACUAGAUGUUCUGCUGCCUCCGUUGGGGAUAUUGAUGUGGCCCCAUCUCCUGAAGGCGACGCAAAAACUAGUAAACCAACUUCAAAUGAUGAAAAACAGAAACUAAUUGCAAACAAAGUCUAA